UUGAUUUCGUUGUCACGUGCGCCACAAACUUCACCGUGACUGUGGCUCAGCGCUCAGCGAUUAAACUUCCUUCAACUAUCGAUUGGGGGUCUUGGCUUGAUAUGUCUAACAAUGAUAUUGUGCUAGCUUAAAAGCGAGCCUAGGUUCGCGUCUUUUUGUCCCCCAAAGUUCUCUUUUCUUUUCUAUAGCCUCUCAUCAUGGCAAAUAAUAAUGCUGGCGCCACUGGACCGAAGACACCUCUCCGUAACUCUGUCGUGUCCGCCGAGCUCAAGCUCAAGUCCACUCCACACGCAGUUGGCUCCGCUGUUGUCAGCGAACAUAUCAGUACUCUAGGUGUUGAAGUCGAUGAUGUCCGCCUAUGGAUCGGGCGAGAUGUCCAGAACUUCAGGAAAUCCGAUGCCGACACAAUGCUGCAGGAGCUCCUUGAAAUGUGCACAGAUCCUUCCCAAUCCCUUCCUGAUAGUGAGAAAUCGACACUACUUGGAACUUCCCUCAAGGCCGUCCUGCACCUCUGCAAUGGGACAGGCGUAGCACGGGAAAUCGCGAAACACUUGACUAAUUUUUGUGAAUCCGAGAACGAAAAAGCCUCUUAUGCGCCUUUCGUCAGAGCUGCCAACUGUGCCCUCCUUGAACUGAGCAAGCUGAAGGUGCCUGGCAUAACUACUUUUAACGCCAAGGAUGACAGCAACAUCCUAUUUCAUACAAACGACCCAAUGCCCAUGUUCCAAAACCACCAGGGUGAACAGUCUAAACGCAAGCCUGACGUGGUUGUCGUCUCUCAAAAAUGUGCUCGAGACAUGUCAAAGAAAACGCCCGCUGAGCCGCCCAACAACAACUUCCGAUGGAUUGAUGUUCGAUCGACAGUGGAGUUCAAACGCACGCGGAAGUGUCUGCCUCUUCCGCCGUUCAAGAAAUACAACACGGAUUACGUUGUUCCUAAGGAUCUUCAUAUGGUGUAUCGCAAGGAAACGGACGACCCUAUCGAGCCAACAGGUUCAACAUCUGCCGCUGUGCCUGCCCAGACCUCCCAUGAGGCAUCGAAUGAGUGUAAGCCCCCUAGUAUGUUCGCCUGCUACUUCCUUACCGAUGUGCGCGAUGCAGCAAGACAAACGUCCAAGCGACUCGGAGGCAAAGCAGCUGAGCUAACAGGUUCAGGACCUGCCGUUGGUCCUACUCAGACCGCCCAUGGGGCAUCGCAUGAGUUAAGACGGACGUCUGAGCGAAUCAGAGACAAAAUGGAAGCAGACCGGAAACGUAACUCUGGUCACUUGGACUCCAACGAGCCCUCUGCCAAGCGAACCAGGAGCAACAACGAGAAGGAGGCCGAUGAGAAGGAGCCCAAAAAACUUCAUCCUAUCGUCCAGAAUGGUCUGUACGCUGCGGAGAUGUUCGCGGCUCAUAUCGCGCGUCUCCACGUCAUCUCCUCUAUAGUGAUGAACGACGUCAUUUAUAUCUGGUAUUUUGAUCGGCAGGACGUAAUUCAAUGCUCGGGCAUCAACUUCGUUCAGGACCUUCCGCGCUUUAUGGUCUUGCUCCUCGUUAUGCAGCGAAUGAAAUACAAACAAUGGGGCCUUAACACGAAAUUCGAGCCUACGCCUGGAGUUUCGGACAAGAUUGUCAUCCCGGAUGAAAAGAACGGCAUGGAUGUCGACCUGAAAUUGGAUUUGAAGUCUGACGAGCGCACGACUCAUUACGGUCUGCGCGGACGUGCAACCACCCUCUUUCCAGUGGAGAGCCAGGCGCUAUCGGGUCUGGAACAGGCGCCUCAUUUUCAUAACAAAUCUGCUGGACUGGUUGCCAAGCUCUAUUGGCCAGAAGAGUCGCGUGAAAGCGAGCCUGCCAUACUCAAGAAGGUGUAUGAGAUUGCGAAACAAGAGGCAGAGGUGGUAGGCCAUGUCCCAGAGAUGUUAUGGUCCUACAAGUUCGAAGAAACUUCCACAGCGAAAAUCCGAAAGGCACUGGGACUUGAAGACGCCGAGCGCGGCAGCCGAGUCUUGUACAUCAUCGUAUUUAGAAAGCUUAUCCCGAUCACGACGCUCAGCGGGAUGGAAUUCCUCAGCGCAUGGUGGCAAAUUGCACUCUGCCAUUAUGCCCUCUGGAAGAACGGCGUCCGUCACCGCGAUGCUAGCCCAAGCAACUUCAUGGUAUACCAAUUAGGCGAUCUUUGGAUCGGCGUCCUCAACGACUACGACUUAUCAUCGACUCAAGACGAAAGUCCCAGUGGCCUCGAGCGCACAGGAACGGUACCAUUCAUGGCACUGGAGCUUCUCACAAAGAAAGCUAUUGCAGGCCAAAUUGAGCACUUGUACCAGCAUGAUGCUGAGUCAUUCAUCUGGGUCCUCGCCUGGGUCUGUCUUCGGUACGAAGAAGGCAAGCUCCUCAGCAAACCCAGACCACUUGAGCAGUGGCUGAGAGUGGAUGCCGUUGGAUGCGGGGAGAAAAAGAGCGGCUUUCUGUUAGCGGGGCUUCGUGAUGAAGACCUGCGUCCAUCGGGAUCGCACCAAGAGAACUGGAAAGUUGUAAUGAAGUGCUUAACGGUGAUCUACUCUCAUUAUGGCCCAGGCAGGUCGAAGAGAAUCGAUGAUGGAGAAGUAUUCCAGCUGUGGCUCAAGGCCCAUGUACCGGAGCACUUGCACGGAGGAGUUAUUUUACCUGCCAAGUAGAAUAGGUAUACUUGUAGUUGAGGCAGCGUGCCUUCGAUCUUAUUUUGCAGAAAUGAACUUCAUGUUUAAUUCCAACAAAAUGACAGACGGAGGUUACAGGACUUGGUGCCAGUGCACUUGCAGGGAAUCCGGU